AUUUCCCCCCCAAUAGGGCAGCGGAGCUCCGGGUGGGGGUCGCUGCUCUGGGCGGCGCUGAGCUCCAGGAGGAGCCCCUCACCAAUCAGGAGCCGGAGGUCUGAAGCAGCGUCACAUUUCACAGCCGGUCCCACAGUUUAAGAGCAGCGAGUCUCUGCAGUCAGCUCCACAUUUCUCCUGAUCAGAGAGAGAAGAAGUCAUGGCACGAACCAAGCAGACCGCCCGUAAAUCCACCGGAGGCAAAGCCCCCAGGAAGCAGCUGGCCACCAAGGCUGCCCGUAAGAGCGCCCCGGCCACCGGCGGCGUGAAGAAGCCUCACCGUUACAGGCCCGGUACCGUGGCUCUGAGAGAGAUCCGUCGCUACCAGAAAUCCACCGAGCUGCUGAUCCGCAAGCUGCCCUUCCAGCGCCUGGUCCGAGAAAUCGCUCAGGACUUCAAGACCGACCUGCGCUUCCAGAGCUCCGCUGUCAUGGCUCUGCAGGAGUCCAGCGAGGCUUACCUGGUCGGCCUCUUCGAGGACACCAACCUGUGCGCCAUCCACGCCAAGAGGGUCACCAUCAUGCCCAAAGACAUCCAGCUGGCCCGGCGCAUCCGCGGAGAGCGCGCUUAGACUGUUUCCUGCUCUUUAACAAACCACAACGGCUCUUUUAAGAGCCACCUCACUCUCAGCUCCAGGGCUCCUUCCUCUGCUCACUUUCACCAACCUAAUCACUUAAUAUUUAUAUUUUUUUUUUUUUUCUCAAUACAAACAAUGACACGCAUCAAAACCACCCUUUUGUCACCAGAAGUUCUGAGUUUUACUUAUGUGGAAUAUGUAAAUCUUGGUCUACUUGAUGGAUUGCCAAACAGGGUUUUAACAGACAUUGAUUUU